GCCAUGGCGUCCCCCUCCCGGCAGGCGUCCCCGGGAGGGUCGGGUCUCCUUCGAGGGAGUCGGGCUCGGUCUUACGGCAGCCUGGUUCAGUCGGCCUGCUCCCCGGUGCGCGAGCGGCGCGUGGAGCACCUGCUGGAGCCCGGGGACACCCUGGCCGGCCUGGCCCUCAAGUACGGGGUGACGAUGGAACAGAUUAAGCGUGUUAACCGCCUUUAUACUAAUGACUCCAUCUUCCUCAAGAAAACUCUCUAUAUUCCCAUCCUGACUGAGCCCCGGGGACUAUUCAAUGGGCUGGAUUCUGAGGAGGAAGAAGAAGAAGAAAUGUCAUUGAGUCAGAGUGGAUCUGAAGCCUCCUCAGGCUUGAAGAAAAAAACAGAGGAAAAAGCCAGUGGUGAAGGCCAUUCCUCCAGAGGUAGUCAGGACCUUCCCAUAGCCAGCCAUGACCUUUCUGCCACUGAUUUCCUCAAGAAGAUCGAUUCACAGAUCAGUCUGUCAAAGAAAGCUGCUGUCAAGAAGUUGAAGAAAGGUGAAAGUGGGGUACCUGGGGAAGAUCUGCAUCCCCAUUUGGCUUCCCCCCGAAAGCAGCAGCGGGCAGUACUGGGCCCUGUACCCCUGACUCGAACCACAAGGGCAGCCACUUUACGGGACCAGGAAGAUGAAAUCUUUAAACUCUGAUACCCCCAAAACUUUUGGGAAGAGAGAAGCAGGAGAGGAGAACCUGUCUGGUGGGGAGUUCAGCCUGGGGUGAAAGUUGAGGAUCUACCAUCUCAGCCCAUUCCCCCUUUGGCUUCUCUGCCCUGCCCCCUGUUCCCUGCCCUGGCCUUCUUGUUGCUGUCAGGGACCAUAGGCUAUGGGAGGAAUUGUAGGCAAGAAUGGAAGGGUCGAGAUUAGAUCCUGUCCAAAUUCUUUUGGCUGAAUCUCGGUUCUUUCUGUCCCUUUCCUACUCUCUCUGGUUCCUGUUACAGUUCCUUGGCCUUACCAUAGGGUGGAGGGAUCUUCAGAACUUGUCCCCCCUCUCCCUCCCACCCUUCUCUCUAAUUUAUUUGGUGCUAUGUUAGAAUCCUAUUUAUUGGCUCUAUUUUGUUUUCCUAGCAGAAGAUAGCAUCUCAGGGGAUGGUGGCUAAGGAAUGAUCAGCCAUGAUGGCUGCUCCCCUAGUCCUCUCACUCUAGCAAGCCUGGGGACCCUUGGGAGCAUGGGUACUCCUGAGCCCCAACCCCUGCUAUGUGGCACUGAGGUACUACACUGUACCAACUUUCUCCCCCAAAUCAAGAAGUGAAAUGCUGGACUUAGCCUUGACCUAAGAAGUCCUGUUGUCUUUCUCAUGGCUCAGAAGGUUAGAAAUUUUGGUCAUCCUUCCCUUUUCUGCCACUUUUCUGCCCUGUUGCCCUGAGCUUUACAUUGAGGUGGACCGAGGGAGAAUGACCACUUGGAUGGGCAGUCUGGGAUUGAAUGAGCAGGCCUGACUCCCUGGGUUGUGUACGCAUGUGUACGCACCUCUCCCCUCACAGAUUGAACGCCAGAGGCUUCCUUUGUGGCCUUCUGGUUCCUUUCUUUCUCUCCAUUGCAUACUUAUUUGUGGUUUGUAGCACCAGCUUGAGGUGUAGUUUCCGUGUUUUUGAAGAGAAAACAGCAGGCUAGGGAGGCUGUUUGGGGCUAAGAGUCUGCUUUAUUUUGUUAUUUAACGUUGGAUGUGGAGAAAAGUGAAUGUGUUUUCCCAUUCCCCUCUCCCUGUGUUGAUAGUAAGUUGUUAGAAACUGCAGAGAUUAAACAUGGAGCCCUGUA